GUCUUACCCCACCACAAUCAUAUACGUAGUGAUUUCUCAAACACUAUUUUACAGAUUCAUAGCAUCAUAACAACUUAUUGUUACUCACAACACAGACACAACUCCUUACGAACCAAUAGGACCUAUGAUCGGCGCUGUGCAGAAGAACAACCUCCAGCGCAUGAAAGAAUGGAGCAGUUCAUUACGCGUCAAAUCACCCUCGAAGACUAAGAUCGACGUUUCAAGCCAUACCGAUAAUAUUUCCCGGCUGGCCCCUCUGUUUUUUCUGCUGAAAUCAUUCUCACUUUCCAAGCGACACGUGGUUGGUGACCGGGAGACGCGUCUCGUUCUUAACGAUUCUUCCUCUGUCUCCGGACUUCCCACAAGGUCCGCACCCGGUAAACUAAAAGCACGGUUGCUAUCCCGAAGAAAAAGAUCCGACGAUACACAAUCCACUAGCCAGGCGAACUUUCCUGACUUGACAACAGAUAGCGCCAUCGAUGCAAGAGCCAAAAUUUUCUUGAUGAUUUUCCAUCCUGAAAUAUACUGGAAGUUCCAUUUACUUAUUCUUACCGUCUUAUGCUUCACAACUAUUAUCAUCUACCUUAUCUUACAAUCGCUUAACCAUACUAUCUCGGAAACAAGAUACGUGGCGGAGCGGGGGAUGUGGGCCUACAUUGCUGGUUCAAUGUGUGGAAACUUUCUAAGCAGCUGUGUUACAUGGCCAAUAACAGCCGCAAGUAAACUAAUAGGAGGUUAGUAUUCUAACGGGUAUCGGCUAAUAAUCCAAAUGGAAAGUAAUGGCUGCUGUUACCGAAGCGCGGGAUGUAACACCCAGGUGCUUGGGGUAAGCGUUUUAUACUUUAUUCACGGUAUAAAGCUACUCGGGGUUAAAUAGAAAAUCAAUUAUUAAAGGUUAUCAAAGGAAUAGGAAAUACAAGUGGAUCCAAAAAAAGU